CAUAACAAUUUCAUCUGGCUGCAGAUAGAAUUACGAACUCGCUCAUGGAAAAAACGAAAUAAACUGUCGAAUUAGGCUGUAAAAAGCAAAACCAACGGCUUCGAAGUUGAACCAAUACGUACUAUACUUUUGCUGAUCAUUGAAAAUUUAGUGUUGAACAAAUAUGAAUACCAACCUAGUACAACUAACCGGCAAGCGGUGUAUUUCGAUUUUAAGUCGCGUGUGGUCGGGAACAAACGGCACGAAUAAAAAUUCCGAACAAACAUUGCGCAAAGUACUACAGAGCAAAUUCCCAAAGGCUAGAAACGUGGUGGUAAGCGACAUCUCCGGUGGAUGUGGCUCAAUGUACGAAAUCUACGUGGAAACCGCUGAAUUCGAAGGUCUUUCAACGGUUAAGCAGCAUCGGUUAAUAACCGAAACACUUAAAAAGGAAAUCAAAGAUAUGCACGGGCUUAGGAUACAUACGUCUAUUCCUGAAUAAAUGAGUUG